UCUCCUAUUAAUGUCAAGGCAAGAAAACUAUAUCCUAAAAUCCUAAUAGGAUGGUUCGACGAAACGAAAUUUUCGGUAUAUCAAUAGUAGCUAUAGUUUGCUUACUUCUUAUCGGGUUUAGCCAAAAAGACCUGUCGAAUUAUCACAGAUCUCAUAGAUAUCAACAAAUAGAAUUAGAAGAAAGUCUUAGAUAUAAUAAUAAUUACUCAGUUCCUAUACCAUCCAUUGAAGAUGUGAUUUCACUACAGAAAACCUUAAUUUAUAGAGAAUUAAAUAGGUAUCAAUUCCCGGCUGGAGAUAGUUUGGAGGAUUAUACUAUGUCUACAGGGGGUAAACCCGUUCGGACCGUUGUGAUAACUACUUGGAGGUCUGGAUCAACUUUUUUAGGUGAUAUACUUAAUGCAGUGCCCGGAACAUUUUACCACUAUGAGCCUCUCCUAGAAUAUGACAUAGUUCGAAUCAGGGGCCCCCCUAACGCAGAACCUGCCGUUAACACGUUAAAAAGCCUCUUGAAAUGCAACUAUUCAGAUCUCCAGAGUUACUUACAGUAUGGGAUGUCCCAUGUUUACUUGUUCACCCAUAAUACUAGGUUGUGGGAUCAAUGCGAACAAUACCCUGGAUACUGUUGGAAUUCAAAUUUUUUGAACCAGUUUUGUAAGUUAUUUCCAUUUCAGAGCAUGAAGAGUGUUAGGUUGAAUUUGGAAGUGGCUGAGGAUCUUUUGGAAGAUAAAAGUUUGAAUGUUAAAGUGAUUUUACUAAUAAGAGACCCACGAGGUACACUGCAGUCCCGGAAACACAGAGACUGGUGUCCCGGGAAACCCGACUGUGAUCAACCCUACAAUUUGUGCAACGACAUGGUGUCUGAUUAUAGGAGCGCCGUCAAACUCAAACGAAGACAUUCAGAUCGAUUCAGGGUUCUACGAUACGAGGACCUUUCGCUUAAUCCGCAAGAGAUAGUCCAAGACCUCUUCGAAUUCUUAGGUCUUUAUUUCCACAGCAAAGUGCGGCGCUUUUUGGACUCCCACACUCGUUUCAACAUAGGAGGCGUUUCGAGCACGUUCAGGGAUUCGAAAAGCGCACCGUUUCAUUGGAAAGUCGACUUGAAUUACACAGAGAUCCAGACUAUCGAGGAGGUUUGCGAAGACGCGAUGAAAUUGUGGGGUUACGUGCGAUCCAAAAACGCCUCCGAUGUCAAAGAUUUCAAACCUCUUACUACGUACGAAAUCGUUUAAGUUUUUCUGUUAAUUUUUUAGGUGAAUCGAAAAUUUGAGGAGCGCGUGCGUUAAGAUUGGUAUGACGUCGUAACUUGUGGUUGGUGGGUUUUAUUUUAGCUAAAUUAUGGUAAGUUUGAUCUGAUUUUAAGUAAUCACAAGGUGGUUACAAGAAAAAGCAGCCAUCUUUGACUGAUUUGACAUAUGACGUGAAAAUGUCACGCUAAAUGUCUAAGGGUAUGGUCCGUUAUUAACCGAAAUAUCGGUUACUCGGUCCAAAACUAACUGCUCUACUUGACAUUCCUGAAAAAUCGGUUAAUUUAGGGACGCGGUUACCUGAAAAAUGGUGACUUAAACGUCAAUUUUCUAACCGCUAAAUUUUUACGGUUACUAUUAAGUCG